AUGUCUCGAAACCGUGAUCUAGAACUCGGCUUCGUGGGUUAUGACAACGAGAGGCCUGGGACAGAGAGUCAGCGUUUCAUACCUGGAAACGAUGGAGUCCAGCAGGUGGUCAAGCAUCGACGAAGACAUAGGGACGCAUUUGGUAGAGAUCUCUCGUCGAACACAGAGGACUCGAGCUAUCUAAAGCGACUUGUUCAAAACGCAACGAUCCCUGAGGCUUACAUUGACCCAUCUGAUGGUCGCUUGCGCCUCCUCGAAGUUCAGUGUCAUCAGCCAGUCAAACACUCUGACCGCAACUGGCUUGUGUCUGUUGUCGGCUCGGCUUCGCGACCAGUCCUUCUUGCACUUGUCGACUUUCUGUACGCAAACAGCAGCGUUGCCCCUUUCUUGUAUUUGCCGGUGGCUUUGGCCAUGGGCAUUUUUCUCUUGUUCCUGGCCAAGUUGGAGCCGGAUCAAGAACGCCAGAACAACUACGACCCAGUGCUCUAUCGCAACUGGAAAUUUCCGGUGAUGGCGAAUGCCACCAUCGCGGAUGGUGUCUGUUCGACUUCGGGUGCAGGUAUACAGUCCACAGAUCCUGAUUACUACUUGGAGCGAAAUCUCCUCCAACGUCGACCCAUGCCACGAUACCUCUGCUUCGUUAGAGGAAUCGACAUCGAUGCUUUCGAACCUGGUCAUCCUGUUGCCUCGCACGUUCCUAGCGACUUCUUCGAUGAUUACAUAUUCAUUUCGUACACCCGAGUACAAUUCAAGACCGAGCAUUCAAACCCACUAGUCGCCCAUGAAUACAGGAAGAAGCUGCUGGAAAUCGGAAUGCGCGCUGUAAAGGAUGCAAAAGAUAGCAAUGUAAAGGCCUUUUGCCUGGAUUGCUUUCCACCCGGCGAUACGAAUGAGGGCAACGAAGACGUCUACCGCUUUUGCGAUUUUGUCCGCGCCGCCCACUCAGUCGUUAUCGCUAUCGACUCAUCCAACUUCGCAGACGGGAUCACGGGCGCUUUGCAAGAAUGGGGAAAGAGGCUAUGGACUCUGCCUGAACCCAUCCUAUCCAAAUCACAUCGAAACAUCACAGUAUACGACUCCAAGAAUGGCAUCUCGCUCUCUCACCACAAGCGCAACUUGGGAUUUCUAGCCUGGGACAGCGACUGGCAGAUUGCGAGCCAGCUCAUAGACCACUAUGAGGCCACCGUCCAUCUGACGCAGAUCGAGUUGAUCGACAUCGCGAAUCGCUGCAUGCGCCGCAGGACCACAACGAAGUACAUGGAUGGCGACUAUGCCUACGCUUUGAUGGGUCUCCUUCGUCGUCGACCACAGGUUGUGAAAACAGACUCAGAUUUCGCCGCUUUCGCUCGCCUAUCUUUGUCCAACACGAGCGACUCCAUCAUCGAACGUCUACUGUGUAUGCAACCACCAAGCAGAGACACUCCUUGGCAUACGAUGGUCGAUGCUUAUGAAGCUCAGCUGAAAGACAUCGAGCUUUCGUGUCAGAUCGCAGACGUAGACACUGACUCUCAGUCCGAAACUGUUGUGCUCGAUGGCGUCUUCGGUGCCUCAAUCUGCUGGUCGAAGCUGGAAUCUGUCAAUUUCGACCAUCGCAAGGAGAGUCACCAAGAUCCUGUUGCCGAAGGUGCCAUUCAUCUUGGUCGUUGCGUGCUUUGGGGUCGCGAUAUUUGCCGGCCUGCAUGA